UUGAGAUUCAAAAACUGAAACACCCUCCAGAAGAAGCAGCAUCCAAGCUUCUACCUCUCUCUGAAAAAAUCGUCUUCUCUCUUCAGUUUUAACCACCUUGAGAUCUUCACCUUAAUUUGAACCUAACUCUCACUUUCUUCACUCACCUCCUUCCUUCUCCUAUAUAAAACCCUUCUCUCUCCACUUAUUUCCUUGUUUUGCAGUGAUAAGCUGCUACCUUUCUGUACAUGUAAAUUCAUUUUCGCAUUAGAUGCUCUUCCCGUCUCUCUGUCUUUUCAUUUUCAUGAUACACAAUUUCAAACAGAUACGCAAAAUCUCUGUCUCUGACCUUUUUCUUUAUAGCUUCAAAUCCGUUAACUUCAUUCGAAUUUUCUCUUUCUCUUUCUCUAACCUCUCAAAAUAAUGGCUUUGGUUUCCGAUCAUCAGCUGGGAAAGAGUUUUUCCACAGAAAGAAGGCCCUUGAUGCUUAAAGAUUAUCUUAGAGACGAUCUAAGUUCUUGUUCAUCCAACGGCUUCAAAUCAUUUCCACGUCGACAAUGCUGCACAACCGUCAGAUUUCUCCUCGAGGUCGAUCUCAAAACCAAACACUCUCACUCAAACAAAGACAACACUAAGCCGUCGCUUCUUCAAAGAAGUCGUUCAAAGGCCACUUCCACAACCCUCUCUGCUCUUCACAGAGCUUCGGAGGUUCUGCGUAACGCUGUCAAGCAACUUCCGUUUCCUUCCGUUAAGUCUCCUUCACCGUCCGCACAACACAGGCCCAGAAAAGGAUUUCUCCCUAGAAGCUUUUCACGUAAGCUGUUGAAAAGAAGCUUUUGGAGAAAAGCGGCUGAUAAAGAAGAACAUAUAAUCAAACGGUGGAAACUGCUCCGAGAGUUUCUUGAAGAAAAACAUCAACCGUCCGAUCAAAACUCACACCAAUUCUCCUCCAGUACGAGCAGUAAGAGUAAUGGUAACAGCUGGGCGGAGAGUGAUUUCGCAGCGGAUAUUUUACGGUCAUCAAGCGGUAAUUCUGAGAUAUCAAGGGUAAACGACGUCAUAGAGAGUAAAAAAGAUGUACCAUCGGCCGAGAAGAAAGUGGUCAACAACAAAGUAGGCGUAUCGGUCGGUGGGGACUCCACCUACUGUGAUGAAGAUAACACAAAGGUGAGUUAAAAGCUUUUAUUCAAUGCGUCGCGUGUGUAGUUUAACGUCAUCUCUGUCUGUUUGUGCCUAUCUAUGAUUAGUUGUUAACUUCCACCAGUUCCACCAAUAAUUCUUAUGUAAUUUAGCUAUGGCAGUAAUUUGAAAAUGUGUAGGGGCAG